AUGGAUCAUGCCUUAAAGGAGAUAACAGCCAGCAAGGAGUCUGCUAGUGCUGACAUGUUGUUUGCUCUCCUGGCUCAGAAUGAAGACCUGAGGAAAGAAAUCCCAUUGUGCGCCGGCUGCAAUCAGCACAUCAUGGACAGAUUUAUUCUCAAGGUGCUGGACAGACACUGGCACAGUAAAUGUCUCAAGUGCAAUGACUGUCAGAUCCAGCUGGCCGAGAAGUGCUUCAGCCGAGGGGAUAGCGUCUACUGCAAAGAAGACUUCUUUAAGAGGUUUGGGACAAAAUGUGCGGCCUGCCAACAAGGGAUCCCCCCUACCCAGGUGGUGCGGCGUGCCCAGGAGUUCGUAUACCACCUGCACUGCUUCUCCUGUGUUGUGUGCAAGAGGCAGCUAGCCACCGGUGAUGAGUUCUACCUGAUGGAGGACAGCAGGCUGGUCUGCAAGGCCGACUAUGAGACGGCGAAACAGAGAGAAGCAGAAUCCACAGCCAAAAGGCCAAGGACGACCAUUACAGCAAAGCAGCUGGAGACACUGAAAAAUGCCUACAACAACUCGCCGAAACCUGCCAGACAUGUCAGAGAGCAGCUGUCAUCGGAGACAGGCCUGGAUAUGAGAGUGGUGCAGGUCUGGUUCCAGAACAGAAGAGCGAAGGAGAAAAGAUUAAAAAAAGAUGCUGGGAGACAACGAUGGGGGCAGUAUUUCAGGAACAUGAAAAGGUCAAGGGGAAAUUCUAAGUCUGAUAAGGAUAGUAUCCAGGAGGAAGGUCCAGACAGUGAUGCAGAAGUUUCUUUUACAGAUGAACCCACCAUCUCAGAAAUGAGCCAUUCCAAUGGGAUUUAUAACAGUUUAAAUGAGGCGUCUCCAGUUUUGGGUAGACCGGCUGGAAGCAACGGUGCCUUCUCCUUGGAUCAUGGUGGCAUCCCAACUUCAGACCAGUAUCAUGACCUAAGAUCCAACAGCCCCUACGGAAUACCUCAGUCUCCAGCAUCCUUACAGCCAAUGCCAGGCCACCAGCCGUUGAUUUCAAGCUUGGCGUUCCCAGAUGCCGGAUUGGGUAUUAUGGCUCAAGGUGGACAAGGAGUUCCACCUUCCAUGAGAGUAUUAGGUGCAAGUGGACCAAGUUCUGAUCUCUCCACUGGCAGUAGUGGUGGAUAUCCAGAUUUUCCUGCCAGUCCCGCUUCUUGGUUAGAUGAAGUUGACCAUGCUCAGUUUUGA